AUGCUCCACAAGUGUGUAAUAAACCAUAAAAAGGAUUCAACGUUUUUCACUGAACCUCUAAAAUCAACACAGAAGAACCUAAAAAUCUCAUUUAAAACACAAAACACCCUGCAACAAUUACUGGUAUACAAUAAAGACCCUAUACCCAUUCUAGAGAAAGCUGGGGUUUACAAACUCAAAUGCGGUGAACCUAGCUGCAACAUUGUCUAUAUAGGUAGGAGCGGAAGAAACAUAGCGACCAGAAUAAAAGAACACCUCAUGAGUCAAAGGAUCAUGUCCAAUAAUAAAUCAAUAUUCGGUAAACACCUCAAAGACACCAACCAUGAAUUCGACCCCAACACAGAUGUAGAACUUCUUCACCCGGUAGACUAUGGUUUUAAACAAGAAACUUGGGAAGAACUAGAAAUAUACAAACAUUCCCAAAGCAGAUACGAAGAACCCGUAAAAAUCAUGUCUACGAACACUGUACCACCUCUUUUCAAAAUUCUCAAAAAUUGUUAA